UCCUCCUUGCUCUCUUCUUCUUCCUCUUUCUCUCUUUCCAGAGGAGGAUGGAGGUCCGCAGCUGCCCAGCAGGAGAAGCAGCAGCAGCAGCAGCAGCAGGGCCCCUUUAGGGCCAGGGGUCCAGAGGCCCAAGGGACCCAUGCAGGGCUCCUCGCUCCGGAGGCGGACUGGGGCCUCGGGCUCCUUCCAGGGCAGGCAUGGGACCGGCCCAGAGGACGAUCCUUGCAGGCGUCCGCGCUUUCAUUUCGACCUCUGGUUUUAUUUCACGCUGCAGAACUGGGUGCUGGACUUUGGGCGCCCCAUUGCCAUGAUCGUGCUUCCCUUGGAAUGGUUUCCAUUGAAUAAGCCGAGCGCCGGAGAUUAUUUCCACAUGGCAUACAAUGUUAUCACGCCUUUUAUUCUUCUCAAGCUGAUAGAGCGAUCCCCGAAAACCCUUCCCCGGUCGAUGGUCUACAUCUGCAUCAUCACUUUUGUGAUGGGUGCCAGCAUCCACUUAGUGGGCGACUCUGUCAACCACCGGCUCAUCUUCAGCGGCUACCAGCUCCACCUCUCCGUCCGAGAAAACCCCAUCAUCCGAAACCUCAAGCCAGAGACCCUGAUCGAUUCCUUUGAACUGCUCUACUAUUACGAUGAAUACCUUGGACAUUCAAUGUGGUACAUUCCCUUCUUCCUCAUCCUCUGCAUCUACUUUUCCGGCUGCUUCAUACCUUGCAAAGAGGGACAGCAGAGGAUCCCUGUCUCGGCCCUUCUCCUCAUCGGACCCAGCAGCCUCUAUUACUGGUACCUUGUGACAGAAGGGCAGAUCUUCAUCCUCUUCAUCUUCACCUUCUUUGCCCUGAUGGCGCUGGUCAUGCACCAGAAGCGCAAAGGUCUCCUCAUGGACAGCAACGGCCGCUUCCUCUUCUACUCCUUCGUCAUCACUCUGGUGCUCAUCGCUCUCUGGGUCGGCUGGCUCUGGAACGACAAGAUCCUCAGGAAGAAGUACCCCGGCGUCAUCUAUAUCCCAGAGCCGUGGGCUUUCUACACCUUGCACAUGAGUAACCUGCAUCCGGCAAAGGCGGAGAGCAGUUAGUUUUUAAUGCAUACCGAAAACGCAGGCGAUGGACCCUUCCCUGUUGGAAACGGUAGCUUUCCAGAACCAAGGGCGGAUGGCUCAUCAGACCAGGAAAUCUUACUAAAUUGUACUAAAUUCUUGGGCGUCUCACACCCCACAUGCAUUUUCAGAUCACACAACAGAUACCUUGCACAGGUGUUCCUCCUGGUUCAGGGUCCUUACCUUUCCCAGCAGAGUCUGUUGACAUCCCAGAAGCCAGAUGCAGAGGAGAAACACAGGACUAUACAUCUCCGCUUGCUUCCCCUUUUCCCUCCUUGUGGCUGGGAUAUUAAACUAUGCAAACAGCAAACUUCCUUUACAAUAUAGAAGGAAGGCAGGAUAGAGAGAUUAACCCAGAGUAAAGCUUGGAAAUUGGAAGAAGACUUGGCAGAUUUGCAGACAGGGAAACUUAGGCCUCAUUUCCACUUACAAAUAAACCAGUUUGCCAUCCGAAACGGUGGAUCGAUUCGACAGCAGAGCGCACGGUUCAGACUACAUUUGCCCUGAUUGCAUUUUUUCCUAGUAAAACAACCCACUUG